GUUGGCCUUUUAAUAGCGCACGUAUUAUCCUCUUUGCCAAGUCACCGCCGGAGAAGCGAAAGGCCCUUCGGCUCGAUCGAACUCGGCGGAGGCAGGAUUCGAAUUGAUGGCGAACAUCGACAUCGACGGGAUUUUGAAGGAUCUGCCUAACGAUGGGCGGGUGCCGAAGACGAAGAUAGUGUGCACGUUGGGGCCGGCGUCGAGGUCGGUGCCGAUGCUGGAGAAGCUUCUGAAAGCCGGCAUGAAUGUCGCCAGGUUUAAUUUCUCUCACGGGACGCACGAUUACCACCAGGAGACCAUCGACAACCUCCGGAUCGCUAUGCAGAACACCCAGAUCUUGUGUGCCGUCAUGCUUGACACCAAGGGCCCUGAGAUUCGUACUGGCUUUUUGAAGGAUGGGAAACCUAUCACACUUACCGAAGGUCAAGAAAUUACAAUCACCACUGACUACAGCAUCAAGGGGGAUGAGAAAAUGAUUUCUAUGAGUUACAAAAAGCUUCCUGUUGAUUUAAAACCUGGGAAUACAAUAUUGUGCUCUGAUGGUACCAUAACUUUGAAUGUCCUAUCAUGUGACCCAAAGGCUGGAACUGUGAGAUGUCUUUGCCAGAACACAGCAACCCUAGGUGAGAGGAAGAAUGUCAAUCUUCCGGGUGUUGUGGUUGACCUUCCAACACUAACUGAGAAAGAUAAGGAAGACAUUAUGGGCUGGGGUGUUCCAAACAACAUUGAUAUGAUUGCAGUGUCAUUUGUUCGCAAGGGAUCAGAUCUUGUUUCUGUUCGGCAGUUCCUUGGGCCAUAUGCAAAGCAAAUAAAGUUGAUGUCAAAGGUUGAGAACCAAGAAGGUGUUAUAAACUUUGAUGAGAUCUUGAAGGAGACAGAUUCUUUCAUGGUUGCUCGAGGUGAUCUUGGAAUGGAGAUACCUGUUGAGAAAAUUUUCCUUGCACAAAAAAUGAUGAUCUACAAAUGCAAUCUCAUCGGCAAGCCUGUAGUUACUGCCACUCAAAUGCUAGAAUCAAUGAUCAAAUCCCCACGUCCAACCCGCGCUGAGGCUACAGAUGUCGCAAAUGCUGUUCUAGAUGGAACAGACUGUGUCAUGCUCAGUGGUGAAAGUGCAGCGGGUUCCUAUCCAGAGAUGGCGGUGAAGAUUAUGCGUCGUAUAUGCAUUGAGGCCGAGUCCUCUCUCGACUAUGUGGCUAUUUUCAAAGAGAUGAUACGAUCUACUCCUCUGCCCAUGAGCCCACUGGAGAGUCUAGCAUCUUCUGCUGUUCAAACAGCAAGCAAGGCCAAGGCCACAUUGAUUAUGGUCUUGACUCGCGGCGGGACAACGGCUAAGUUGGUCGCAAAAUAUCGACCCCGAGUGCCAAUUUUAUCAGUUGUGGUUCCAGUGUUGAGCACUGACUCGUUUGAUUGGUCCGUCAGCGACGAGUCACCUGCAAGGCAAAGCCUUGUUUACAGAGGUUUAAUUCCAUUGCUGGCAGAGGGUUCCGCCAAGGCUACUGAUUCCGAAUCAACAGAGGUGAUCCUUCAGGCGGCACUCAAGUCGGCAGUGGAGAGACAGUUUUGCAAACCAGGUGAUUCUGUUAUUGCAAUUCAUCGUAUUGGCGUCGCCUCUGUUGUAAAGAUCUGCAUUGUGAAGUGACUUUUGAAUCGAUAAGGUUGGUUACAUUCUGAUCCCAAUCUUCUGCUGUUAGUGCUCAUUUAUGCCUUUCCCAGUUUGUUAUGAUAUGCUCUGUCAGUUUCCAUGCUCAUCCCAAUUGAUAGACAAUUUUAUUACGUCAGGAGACGCUAGAAACAGAGCUCCUUUUUUUUCGUUGUUGUUAAAUUGCUUGUUGUUGUAUUAUGAUCUAAAGCCACGAAUGCUUCUGGUCUCCAGCCAGUCGAUAAAGAUUGCCUUGUUCUAAAUU